GAAUUGCAUCUUGGGAAAGGUGGUUUUUACUGAAUCAAGCGUUCUGAUUGGACACCACAUGUCACGUGGUUUAAAAACUUCAUCAGGAUGGCGCGGAAAGUCAGCACGCCGCUCCGCUCUGCUCCCGGGUUAUAAACGGGUUGUUUACAUUCUCUUCAGGCAGCUUUGACUCUUUAUACGGAAAUCUUAACCUUCAGUCAUCAUGAGUGUGUUGGAGGUGAAGUUCAUCGGUGAUGGAGAUGCUCUGGAUCACAUUGUGGACAAACAGGAAGAUGUGCAGAGCAGCAGUGGGGCUGUUCAGAAGAUGGUAAAGUUUAAGAGUCCAGCUGGAAGACGAGCCAGAGAGGAACCAGAACCUGAAGAGGACGAGAACGGAGUCCUUGAUGAGCAGCACUACGUCCAAGCUCUAGGGACAGACAAAGCUUUAGAGGAUGAGGAGGGGAUGUACCGCGUGGCUGGAUCCUCCAUCUUCACCUUCCAGAAAGCCAAACGUGGACACAGCAUGGCCCAGACCGCCAGUGAGUUGGCUCGGACUCCCGGGAAAAGCGUGACCUUUGAACCCUCGACUCCCACCCGAACAGGCCGCAACAACAGAGGGGACAGCAGGACGCCUCAGAGGAACAAGAAGGUUCAGUUUGUCUCUACGACUCCCCACAGGCUGAGAAAGAGAAUAACAACUCCCAGCAUCCGGUCCGACAGCGACAGUGAGCUGUCGUCCUCUGACUCCGGGGAGGAUCUGGACCCAGACGGGACGGAGGAAGAGCAGAAAGUAAAAAAAGAAGACAAGGAGAACUUGAAGAGUCUCAGAACGCCCAGUAAAACUUCCUCUGCAGCUCUCUAUAAGACUCCAGCCAAGAAGAGCAGGUCCUCCUCUGAAGCCCCCAACCAGCCCAGCAUGGUGGAGGAGUACUUUGAGGCCCACGGCAGCUCAAAGGUCUUAACAUCAGACCGAACCCUGGAGCGCCUACACACCCCCAAGCUGGACAGGGAGACGCUGGUGCAGCUUUUAGGAGGGAAACCGUCGUGCUGCUCCAAAGAGAUCCAGCAGCUCCACAACAAACACAGAAAGCACUUUAGCAAAUGGAUGUUACAGUUACAGUUGGGCUUCAGUGUCCUGGUCUACGGUUUGGGCAGCAAAAAAUCUCUGCUGGAGGAUUUCCGAGUGUCUCACCUGGAUCAGGAAGUUCACCUGGUGGUCAACGGAUUCUUCCCUUCCAUCACUCUUAAAUCAAUCUUAAACGCUCUGACAUGUGAGGUUCUAGAGCACCAGGGAAGUUUCCGGACCCCUUCAGACCAAAUCCAGUUCAUCGCUCAGACCCUUAAAGACGAUCCAGAUCUCCAUGUGUACCUGAUCAUCCACAAUAUCGACGGACCGAUGCUGCGAGGAGAAAAGACCCAGAGUGCACUGGGGCAGCUGGCGUCCCUGCCCAACCUGCACCUUGUGGCUUCUUUAGACCACAUCAACGCUCCACUGGUGUGGGACCAGUUUAAGCAGAGCCAGUUUAACUGGCUGUGGUGGGAGUGUGUGACCUUCCAGCACUAUGCGGAGGAGACGUCGUAUGAAAACUCUCUGCUGGUGCAGCAGACCGGCGCUCUGGCUCUGUCCUCCCUCACACACGUGCUACGCAGCUUGACACCCAAUGCAAGAGGAAUCUUUGAACUGUUGGUGAAAUUUCAGCUGGAAAACAAAGAUAACCCUUCAUAUACAGGAUUGUCAUUCCAAGAUUUCUACCAACGCUGUCGAGAGGCGUUCUUGGUAAACUCUGACCUCACACUGAGGACUCAGCUGACUGAGUUCAGAGACCACAAACUGAUCCGGACCCGCAAGGGUGCAGAUGGAGUGGAGUACCUUAUUGUUGCCGUGGACGCGAGCACUUUGAUGGAUUUCCUGGAGAACGAAGACGGCGACUGAGAAGAGAAGAACUGCAUCACUUAUAUUCAGCACCAAAUAGAUUUUCUGAUUGAACCACUCACUGAUAAAAAGGCCCAGUUACAUCAUAGACACAAGCCAGCUUUCAGGCUCAGCACAGUUUAAAUUAUUGGUUUGAAUUAAUGAAUUAUUGGUGAAAUGUUUGUCAGAAAAGCCUCAUUGUAGCACUGUAACAUACACAUCUUGUGUUUCAAUGUGAUCACGUUUUCAUCCACUAUCUGUGUCAUUAAAGUCAACACUUAAUAAGUUA